AGAAGUUUAAACGUACAAUUCUGGCCCCAGUUCAAGUACUGAUGAGAACCACAUGACUGGCCAUUAACCAUGCGUUUUCAGGACUAGCCAGCGAUACAGAGAUGUGGUGGUGAUCUCUGUGACUGUGUGAGAGAGGGUGAUAGGUCUUUAUUCAAACCAAGCUCUCCAUGCCGGCAGCAGCACCAGCAGCAGCACCAGCAGAGGUUUAUUUUUCAUUCAGAGAGUUAGUGUUUCUCUCUGAUGUCUGAUGCACCGUCCUCCCAUCCACUGUGACUGGAGCUACUGUUCCCGACUACUGCUGCCUUGGUGGGUAUCGUAACGGUCUUUGGUUCAUGUUCUCUCUGGAGGCUAUCUGACUGGAGUUAAACAAGGAUACAACACACUAAGUGACUGCCGAGGCCCACUAGUCUUCACCAUGAGAGGCUUCCUGCUGCUGUGUCUGCUGGCACUGGGCCAUGCCAAGCCCUACCAGCCAAUUAACGUCUUGGACUUCAUGAGGGACCAUGAAAUCAUGAUGCAGGACGAGGAUGAUGAUGAUGAUGAUGAUGACGACUUCCUCACGGACUGCCCCUUUGGCUGCCAGUGCUCCCUACGGGUGGUGCAGUGCUCUGAUCUGGGGUUGCUCUCUGUGCCCGAGAACAUUCCCGCCGACACACUAAUGAUCGACCUCCAGAAUAACGACAUCACCGAGGUCACGGAGGACGACUUCAAAGGCAUUAACAAGAUCUACGCCCUGUUCCUGGUUAACAACAAGAUCUCCAAGAUCCAUCCCAAAGCUUUCCGUAACAUGGAUCGGCUGCAGCUGCUGUACCUGUCCUACAACCAGCUGACACGGAUACCUGCCAACCUGCCCCGGAACAUCCUGGAGCUGCGUAUCCACGACAACAAGAUCAGCAACAUCCAAAAAGAGGCCUUUAAAGGGAUGAAGUCUCUGCAUGUUCUGGAGAUGAGUGCUAACCCGUUAGCUAACAACGGGAUAGAGCUGGGAGCGUUCGACGGUAUGGAAACCCUGUACAUCAGGAUCGCGGAGGCCAAGCUCACAGCUGUACCUAAAGACCUCCCAUCGUCACUCACAGACCUUCACUUGGAUUACAACAAGAUCACCAAAGUAGAAAUUGAGGACUUUUUCAGAUAUAAAAAAUUACAACGAUUAGGACUGGGCUUCAACCAAAUCAAGUUUGUUGAGAACGGAAGCCUGGCCAGUAUACCCAACGUCCGUGAGAUCCACCUUGACAACAACAAGCUAAAGAAGGUUCCGCCUGGUCUGAACUCACUCAGGUAUCUACAGGUGGUGUACCUCCAUGCUAACACUAUCAGCAACGUGGGCGUGAAUGACUUCUGCCCUGUACGCUCCAGUGUUAAGAAGACCCUGUAUACGGGCAUAAGUCUGUUCUAUAACCCAGUCAAGUACUGGGACGUCCAGCCUGCCACUUUCCGCUGUGUGUCUGGACGCAGUGGGGUUCAGCUGGGAAACAACCGGAGGAGGAAGUAACACGCACGCAUAUACACACACACACACACUAAUACUAAUACACACACACACACACACACACACUAAUACACACACACACACAGGGGCGUUCAGCUGGGCAACAACCGGUGGAGGAAGUAACACGCACACUAAUACACACACACACACACACACUAAUAUACACACACACACACACUAAUAUACACACACACACACACACUAAUACACACACACACACACUAAUAUACACACACACUAAUACACACACACACACAGGGGCGUUCAGCUGGGCAACAACAGGAGAAGGAAGUAACACGCACGCAUAUACACACACACUAAUACACACACACACACACACACACAACACACACACACACACACACACACUAAUAUACACACACACACACACACACACUAAUACACACACAGGGGCGUUCAGCUGGGCAGCAACCGGAGGAGGAAGUAACACGCACGUAUACACACACACACACACACACACACACACACACACAGACAGAGGUGUCCGUCUCCCUCCUGCCAGAGUGUGAUCUGAUAUCUCACCACAGCAUAGAUGUCUUCAUGGUAUAAACUGUAGCACCACAUGAGUUGUUUUCCCACUAUCGGGGAUGUUGACUGGUCCGUUUCUAGGAACUGGUGUAGUUCUGACACCGCUGGAUGGGUGGAAUUCAAAUGGCAAAUACUCCCCUCUAGCCUAUCAGAUGGCGAGGUGAAGUUGUAACCUUAUGGUGACAUCUAUCCUAUACAGUUUCAGAUCUACAAGUGCCUAGGGUGGUAGGGUCACUGUAGGUGUCUGUCACGAUCAAAAGCAAUCCUAUAGCGCCUCCUUCUGGUAGACUUCAGUAAUACCCACCUCCUCAACACACAGGAUUUUUUUGUAAAGACCAAACUCUUCAAUCCUCCUUAAUGAGUCAACAACACAUCCACCCCUGUUUUGUACUUCGGUGUUUUAGUGAAUAUCUUUGUUUCUUCUCUGUUUAUGGUAGAAUUAGAAUCAACUGUGGGAUUUGUUCUCUUGUAUAUUUCUUAACACACAGCAUGCCUCACUUUUAUAAUCUGCUAGAUAUAGCCUAAAUAAGACUAGUUUUCAUGGUGCUAAAAAUAUAUAAUUACAGAAACUAGUCAACGUUACAUGUCUACAUGGUGCUAAAAAUAUAUAAUUACAGAAACUAGUCAACGUUGAACAUGAUUCUCUAUUGUAGCAUACAUGUAUGUAACUGUUCUAAUUAAAUAAACUUGACAUAUA